GGGAUAUACUCCGUAGUUUUGGUCAACAUAUCGAUUCGAUCGAAUUGCGACAGACCCCGUGUCCUAGGGUGUUGGCCACUUUGACAGUGGCACCACUCAGUGUCCUAUCAUCGACGUUCGAUGGAUGGCCCAUCUGAUGAGGCCUACUCUCAUUGGCACAUAUGGCUCAAAUACAAAGAUAGGAUCUGCCCUUUUCUCCCAGAUAGGAGGGAUCUUGCUCCUCAACUUGAGUUCCUCGAUCUUAUUGCAGACUCCAUGCACUCAUAUAUGUUCAAAGUACGAAUCGAUGACCACAUCUACGCCCUGAAACUGGUACGUAUAACGCGUCAGUCUCCCUCAAAAGCGAUGCUUAAGGAAUACCUAGUACACUAUCCCUGAUCCGGGGUGGUCGUCCUCCGAUAAAUUAUCCCGGGUCGAGGAUGUCGUGACAUCAAAAGAUCCUUUCGUCGCUGAAAGUCGCGUCUAUAUGUCUGGCUGAGUAUGAACUGGAGGGCCAGAUCG